AUGGCAGAAGGACUGAGUUCUCCGGCAGCGGACGAGGUCAAGCCGUACAGGAUUCAUGUUCCCAGCAAGCACCUCGAUCUUACCCGCCAAAAGCUCGAACUCACCCGUCUACCCCACGAACCCUCCCAUCCUUCGGACUCGAACACAUGGGCUCCCAAGCCUAUCAUCGAGCCACUCAUCGACUACUGGUAUUCUUUUACUCCUCAGUGCCCCAACCAAAUCCCCCGGCUUCCGCCCGAGGCCACUUCUCGCGCCCCCAUUACUAACAAGACAACCCACCGCCCCUCCAACAGGCUCGAGUCCUACUCCUGGCGUACCACGGAGUCCGGGUUCAACACCAACCCCCACCUCCCCCAAUUCCGCACCGCCAUCACCCCACCGGACAGCCACGCCCCCAUCCGCAUCCACUUCAUCCACGCCCCCUCCCACGCACCCGGCGCCAUCCCUCUGCUGGUAAUCCCGCCCUUCCCGCUGCCGGCCCUCUCCCUCGCCCCGCUCAUCCCCCUCCUCACGGGCACACCAACCCAGCCCGGCAGCGACGGCGGUCCAGAUGAAAACCGGCAGUACUUCCACGUCAUAAUCCCCUCCCUCCCAGGCACCGCCUUCUCCGACCCCUUCCCCCCCUCCUUUGCCCCUCCCAACACCAACACCAACACCAACCCCAUCCCCGCCACCGCCACCAUCCUCAACACCCUGAUGCACCGCCUCGGCUACCCCGCCUACCUCGCCACCGCGACCACGCCGAGCUCCCCCACCAAUGCAAGUGUUGGUGGUGGUGCCGGCCGGGUAGGCGAGCGAAUCGUUCGGCGGCUGGCCACGGCGCACGCGGCGUCGUGUGUGGGUGGGCAUUUGGUGUGUCCGGUGCUGCGGGCGCCGAGGCUGGGGUGGAAGGGCGGGUGGAGGGGGUGGGGGAGGUGGGUUGCUGCGAGGGUGUUGUUGCGGGGGGGUGGUGGUGGUGGGGAUGGGAAUGGGGGGUAUGAGAGGGGUGAUUUGGAGGCGUGGGGAAGGGGGAGAGGGAGAGUGAGAGGGAAAGAGAAGGGGGGACGAGAUGGGGGUGGGAGUGGUGUUGGGCUGGAGAGGUUGGCGGAGCCGGAUACGCUCGCGUACGCGCUUUGUGACUCGCCCGUGGGGAUGUUGGCGUUUUUGUUGAGGGGGCUGCGGCUGGCGGCUGGGGGUGGGAAGGCCGUGUUUACGCGGGAUGAGCUGAUUACACUGGCGAAUCUGAUGUGGCUGCCGGGGCCGGAAGGGAUGUUGAGGUUUUGGGCGGCGUGUGGGAGGCACCUGGAGGAGGAUGAGAAGACUGCUCGGGGGCCCAAGCCAAGGGUUGCGAUCACCGUGUUCCCCGGGGCGGACGGCAGCCAGAAGGGUAAACAACCGGAAACGGCUACGGCUGUGGUUGCGGGAGAAGGGGACGAAGAGACUGCUGGCUUGUGGCCCACGGCGGAGCAGGUAGCUGCUAGGGAGGUAAGCUACUAUCCGCCAGCCUGGGCCAACGCCCUUUUCGACACCGUCCAUAUUCAGCGCGUGUCCGGGCCGACUAGCGGACUGCUCGCCUGGGAGCAGCCUGAGGUCAUCCUCGCCGGGGUACGUGGACUCGCCAAAGCAGUGCUGGCGAAGGACUCGCACCUUGUGCCGGUUGUGCAGUCAACGGGGGCCCGUGUGGAAUCUGCAGAUGCCGGCAAGCAGGCCGCGAGAGCCGUGGUGGAGGCAGGAAACUCCGUCGCUGUUACCGGGCCAAGCAAGGGCAGCAGCCCGGCCGGAGCGGUGGAAGGUGUACCUACGGUGACCGGAGCGGCGGCACAAGGUGACUACAAAGGCAAGGGGAAGAAUGCUGAGCACCUUGCCCCUCCCGUCGUGGUCUCGAGUGUUGAGGAUGAGAGCCCUGGUACGCUUGUGAACACGCCGCCCUUGGAAGAGGCUCGAUAA